AUGAGUAGCGAGGGCCGUCUUCAGAAGAAGGUAUGGAACGGAGGUGGUGGUGGACUCCUUGUAAGCAUCAAAGGAGCACAAAAGUAUGCCCGCAAUAUUGGGAUUCGAUUAGUUGGAAGAUGGGUAGACGAAGCGACCUGGUUUCAGCAAAGGGAUCUUUUGACCUCCAAGCUCAAGCAUAAAGGUCGGUACUACUGUCAAACGUUAUCCCUCACCAUCGUCAUCUCGAUGGAGCUUGCCUUCUUACAAAAAUGGGACGGGAGUUUGAAGAGAGGUCUUGAAAAGGAGGAAGCUUGGGUGUGCAAAGCGAUUUUAUGGUCUGGUUGUCCGAGGGUAGAAAUCAAGUGGACGCGUGCGUUUCGCAAUCAAUUGGACUUAAUUGACACGACCUACUUCCAAGGGCAAGUCAUCCGAAUUGCUGUACCCGACUCGGACAUGGUUUCGAUCUCCAUUCACGGAUGUCCUCAGGGAACGGGAUCCCUGGCAAUUUUGUCUUGCCCUGCGGUCCUCACCAGUAUACCAGGUCCUGAAUUGUAUGGUUUGCAGGCGUUCCCCGUGUUCUACGGUCGAACAAUCAUUGCUCCAAGCUCGCAUCUCCAAGUCCGAACGGAGGAAAAGAAAGCAACGUCCGAGCUGAUCACACUAUACGACGUCCCGACCAAAGAUCCCGAUGCUCAGCGACGACAUGGCGUAAGAGGUAUUCCCUCAGUGUCAAAAACCUGA